AUGAUGAGCGACCUAAGCGGCGGGUUUGCGCCGCAACAAAAUGACGAACGUUUGAGCCUCGACAUUGACAGUAGCAGUCCGAGCAACGCCAUGAUCAAUCCUGCGAACACUUCGGCUUCGACAGUCGACCAAUCCCCCAUUACAAGUCAUAGCAGCGGUCCACCCAGCAGUCACUUCACUUCCAGCGCAUCUGCUGUUCAGGCUCGCGAUACUGCCGCUUCCCAUUGCGACCUUCCUAGCGAUCUAGCGCACUCCGGCGAGCGCGCGAUGUUAGAAGCUCGAAGCGACAAUCAGCAACGCAAGCUCAAUCCAAUGGCGAUUGAUUUUAUCCUCAACAGCGAUUCUACUGGACACACAAGCGAGGGAAACGACACUUCUACUCAACCCCCGAUUGAGGGAAAUGACAAUGGCACAACGAAACAAACAGAAUCGUGCAAGUGCAGUCUGUCGCAUUGGACCCUGGGACGUCUUGAAAUCUUCGACUCCACCAUUCAAAAACAGAUCGGAACUCAUAAGGAAUCGAUCAAUAAAGUUCUAGCGAGCGCAUCCGACAGAGCUCCAGCCAAUAUGAAUGAUUCUCUUCCAUACGAAUCGGAAUUUACGCUCGUUAUGGGCUUGAGCGAAGAGAAAGUCACCACUGUGCGGAAUCUCAGAGCCAGACUUCGUGACGCGAAACGCGAGUCGGUGCACAUUUUUCAGCAUGCAGAGAAGAGAGAGGAGGCGGAAGCAAAGGCUAAGAAGAAACCGAUGAAAUUCAUUGUGAGCGGAUCCAAGUCAACGAUUUACGACAUUCCCGAGAGCUUCGGCUCCUUUGUACUCAAGGUCGGUUCACUGCCACAUAUCAACCAAGAGCGACUGAAUCAUCGUCGCGUUACGCAAGCGCAGGAAAAUAUACCGACAGGAUGGGUGGCGCACAGUGUCCCCGGCCUUCUCAGGCCUUCCAAAGAUCUUGACCCACGUAUUCAGGUGUUCUACAAGCAGGACGGCGACCGCAUAGCCAUCGACAAUGAUGAGAGGGCCGAUGGUACGACUGGCAUUGUCAUGUCCCGGAUCAAAGACCUCGAAGAAACCACCCGCAGAAAGAUUCUUCAAAAUUACUGCAACAUCGAGCAGUCACAAGUGGAAGAGGUCUUGAGCUUGAACGACCACUGCCUUGUCCGCGUCUUACUUGGCAGGAGAUUCGACGACGACGACGACGACGAGGAGUCAGAUGAUGCUAUGGAAUCCGUCUCGGGGAACGCCGUGGACGAUGACGUGGAGAUGGCCUCAGUUGACACCUCGGACUGUGAGCCUCCCUCUCUCUUAAACAUUCCGGGAUAUCUCGAUUUCAUCCUUCAUGCCUGCAAGAAGGUGCGAGACGGCCCGGAGGCACUUGCGAAACAGAUCGCAUUCGGCUAUGCCCUACUCCAUUGGGGAGCUCGCCUCGACGGCCGGGGAAUAGAAUUUCUCCUGGGCUUGGCCCCACUUGGACGGGGAAAGCGAUUGUAUAUGCUCGACUUCGAAGCCUGCCGUCCACUUGACAGAAGCGAUCGAGUCCACCUGUGGAAGGUAUUUGUGAAGCAUUACCUUGAGGCCAGCGCAAAGAUCUGGGAAGCAUCCGACAAGGACUUUGACUCCACUUUGCCUGAGACAUUCAUCCGGGAGCUCGAGCGCAAUUUCUUGGAGCAGAACGAGAAUGGGUCAGAGCAUGGUGGCCGUGAGCAGGACGGGGAGAACGAAGCCAACAGCCAACAAGACAGUGAGGAUGGCGGCAACGACGAAGAUGACCCAGCUCAGGCCGACCGUGAGGCCUCUGAGAACAACGACUACGGAAGCGACGAAUACAAUCCAAAUUCGACUGAUUCUGAGGACUCGUCAGAAGAAGAGGACAGUGACGAUGACGACGACGACGAUUGCCCACUCCCGCCCGCGAAGCCCAUUUUGAAGAAGUCAGCAAGCAGCGACACGUCGACCACGCCGCCGAAGGCCCGCAGUGAGACUAGCCCGCGCAAGGUCACGUUCUGGCGCAACUUACCGUCCUACAAGAUGGAGAAGCCGGCGAACGCGCCUUACUGGAAGAGAGGGAGGGCGCGCCAGCCAAUCCUUUUGGGAUUCCACUAG